AUGACGACCCAGCAGCCUGUGGCCAUGACGACCCAGCAGCCUGUGGCCAUGACGACCCAGCAGCCUGUGGCCAUGACGACCCGGCAGCCUGUGGCCAUGACGACCCAGCAGCCUGUGGCCAUGACGACCUGGCAGCCUGUGGCCAUGACGACCCAGCAGCCUGUGGCCAUGACGACCCAUGUGGCCAUGACGACCCAGCAGCCUGUGGCCAUGACGACCCGGCAGCCUGUGGCCAUGACGACCCAGCAGCCUGUGGCCAUGACGACCCGGCAGCCUGUGGCCAUGACGACCCAGCAGCCUGUGGCCAUGACGACCCAGCAGCCUGUGGCCAUGACGACCCGGCAGCCUGUGGCCAUGACGACCCAGCAGCCUGUGGCCAUGACGACCCAGCAGCCUGUGGCCAUGACGACCCAGCAGCCUGUGGCCAUGACGACCCAGCAGCCUGUGGCCAUGACGACCCAGCAGCCUGUGGCCAUGACGACCCAGCAGCCUGUGGCCAUGACGACCCAGCAGCCUGUGGCCAUGACGACCCAGCAGCCUGUGGCCAUGACGACCCAGCAGCCUGUGGCCAUGACGACCCAGCAGCCUGUGGCCAUGACGACCCAGCAGCCUGUGGCCAUGACGACCCAGCAGCCUGUGGCCAUGACGACCCAGCAGCCUGUGGCCAUGACGACCCAGCAGCCUGUGGCCAUGACGACCCAGCAGCCUGUGGCCAUGACGACCCAGCAGCCUGUGGCCAUGACGACCCAGCAGCCUGUGGCCAUGACGACCCAGCAGCCUGUGGCCAUGACGACCCAGCAGCCUGUGGCCAUGACGACCCAGCAGCCUGUGGCCAUGACGACCCAGCAGCCUGUGGCCAUGACGACCCAGCAGCCUGUGGCCAUGACGACCCAGCAGCCUGUGGCCAUGACGACCCAGCAGCCUGUGGCCAUGACGACCCAGCAGCCUGUGGCCAUGACGACCCAGCAGCCUGUGGCCAUGACGACCCAGCAGCCUGUGGCCAUGACGACCCAGCAGCCUGUGGCCAUGACGACCCAGCAGCCUGUGGCCAUGACGACCCAGCAGCCUGUGGCCAUGACGACCCAGCAGCCUGUGGCCAUGACGACCCAGCAGCCUGUGGCCAUGACGACCCAGCAGCCUGUGGCCAUGACGACCCGGCAGCCUGUGGCCAUGACGACCCAGCAGCCUGUGGCCAUGACGACCCAGCAGCCUGUGGCCAUGACGACCCAGCAGCCUGUGGCCAUGACGACCCAGCAGCCUGUGGCCAUGACGACCCAGCAGCCUGUGGCCAUGACGACCCAGCAGCCUGUGGCCAUGACGACCCAGCAGCCUGUGGCCAUGACGACCCAGCAGCCUGUGGCCAUGACGACCCAGCAGCCUGUGGCCAUGACGACCCAGCAGCCUGUGGCCAUGACGACCCAGCAGCCUGUGGCCAUGACGACCUAG